GUGCGUCACGCCACUGCGCAAUCAAGCACGGAAAUAAAAUAACAGCUGUUCUACAAUAUUCGCUCGGGCAACUCAGGCAGCAGCUGUACCACGCAGCCGUUUUCCUUGGGAUCGCGAUUGUUUGGACGUUGCUUUCUCAUUGUUGUAAUAAUCACCGUGUAGUUUGGACUAUUCUUUCGCCCAUUUUUAAACGUAUAUUACUGUGCAAGUAAUUACAGUAUUGGCGUUCGAAGUGUGUGAAUCAUUAAUCCGUAAGCUACGCUGGCGCUAUGUUUACCAAAAUUCCUCAUUCGUUGUUAUUGUGACUCAAGUUGAAAUGCCUCGUGAAUACGUGGACCGCGAGGAGAGUUCUGCAGUGUUAUGUUAAUAGAAUCUCUUUUAGAUAGUGAUUUUAGUAAAAUUAGUUCUUGACAAUGUCUAACACGGUUCCGACCAGUUCUGCACUGAGGGCUCUAGCCUUAGAGUAUAAGAGUCUGCAAGAGGAGCCCGUGGAAGGGUUCCGAGUGAAACUUUUAGGAGAGGACAAUUUAUUUGAGUGGGAAGUCGCGAUUUUCGGCCCUCCAGACACAUUAUACCAAGGUGGAUAUUUCAAGGCACAUAUGAAAUUCCCACCAGACUACCCAUACUCACCACCUUCCAUUAGAUUUUUAACAAAAGUGUGGCAUCCAAAUGUGUAUGAGAAUGGUGACCUCUGCAUAUCGAUCCUGCACCCGCCGGUUGACGACCCGCAAUCGGGCGAGCUGCCGUGCGAACGCUGGAACCCGACGCAGUCGGUGCGCACCGUGCUGCUAUCCGUGAUCUCACUGCUCAACGAGCCUAACACGUUCAGUCCCGCCAACGUCGACGCCAGCGUCAUGUACCGCCGCUGGCGCGACUCCAAAGGGAAGGAUAAGGAAUACGAGAAUAUUAUCAGGAAGCAAGCCCAAGUGGCGCGCACUGAGGCUGAGAAGGAAGGCAUAGUAGUACCCCUUACGUUAGAAGAUUAUUGCAUCAAAACCCAAGUCAAGUCGACAACGCAGGAGCCACAGUUGGACAUGACAGACUUCUACGACGACGAUUACGACGAUCUCGACACAGAUUCCGACGAGGAAGUGGACGGCGGCGACGGCGACGGCGACGACAGCGGCAACGGCGAGUCGUGAGGCCGCGCCCCGCACUCUGCGCGCCAUCUGUCGCGGCGGACGGACCACGGUAACAACCUAGCUAGCACGACAUCUACCGGCCAACGCUUCAAACUCGCCAACUUAAUGGCGGCUCGUAACUAACUUCACACACAUCAGACUACCUCAAUCUGUCAAAAGAUUUUAAACCUAAUCACAAUAAUGAAAAGUUAAGGGUUCGCUUUGUAAAAUUUGACAGGUUCGGGUAUGCUGCUAAUAAGCGUCUGUACAUGCUGUUCCGAGCCACCAUUAAGUUUGGUAUGAAAUAAAACCCCUCACCACCGGCCAAUACUUGAACCAUAAACCUACCGUAGUUUUACUUCCUGAACAGAUUCAAUCUUUCUUUCUUUCCGUAUAUCCACACCGCAGUUAAUUAAUACUUGGAAACUUAUAGCUGCAAGAAGUUACUGCGGUGUGGCAAAAAAUUACCCUCUUCAUAUAAAAUUAAUGUGUCAGCUAAUCAGUAUUGAAUCGCGUCGUUUUUCCUCACUAAUUUCGCAUAAUAUGCAAAAUUGGCAAUUUUUAAUUUCCUUGCAGUUACGUACUGCCAAGGCUAUAUGCUGCAUAGCCGUGAGUAGUGACUUCAUUUAACGACUGACUGGCCAUGCGUGCUACAGCCGACUUCCGUAGUUAUACAGUCAGGUUAUACAACCAAUAUUACACGCUGUUGUUAUGUUAACAUACACGUUAAAUGAAGUUUAGUUAAUUUUUCAGCUUUUCAAAGUAAAUGCAGCUGAUUCUAGAGCCAUUUACAGCUUCUUCUGUUUUCGUAAUAUCUCCUUUAUAAAGAUAAAUCAUUUUCUACUACUCUUCAAUGAUGGCCUAUUGAAAAACGACGCUUUUCAAUCAAUUAUAUUCAUUUCACUUUUUUUAUUGAACCAAUGGAUUGUUUUAAAAGUUUUAAACUGUAGGAAACAGGUUUACAAAUGUAUGAAUUUACUUGAAAUCCAAUUUAUUUUUAAAUAUUUUGACAUCAAUUGAAAAUUUAUUUUAAAACAAAGCAAAGGUGAAUUCUCGAAUCCUCCGAACAGAAUGACAUUUUUUGCACUGGCAAUUUGUAUACAGCCGCCAUCUUGAAUUGCCAAAGAGGUUGCUCUCAAUUAAAUGCGUAAUUUGAGAAGGCCCCUUUGUUUUGCACAAUCAUUUUACAUAAAAAGAUACAAGUAAACUUUAACAAAAAAUAUAAAAUGAAUAAUAAAUAAAUGUGUAUGUAUAACGGAAAUAAUUUAUAGAUUCCUCUGGAUCUACUACGACUUAAAAUAUUGAUAAUCAUAAAAAAUAUCGUGUAUCUAAACAGUAGACUAUAAACUAUUUUUGAAAAUCAUAUACUUACCUAUUACUUAUAAAUUGUAAACAAUUGCAUAACUAAACUCUUUUGCAAAAAAAGCGGGCACCUAUGCGAAAUCUUAGUUUUAAGGACUUUACGUGUAUUUCAAAGGGUUUUAAUGAUUGUAGUAUGUUUCUAGCAUCAAAAGAGUUAGCCGAGCAUGCGUGAGAGUGUAUUCUAAAUUUGAAUUUUGUACAAUUGCUAAGAAAUUGGUUAAACCUUGUUAUGGACUAAUUGCUAGCAGAAAGUUCGUCGGUGUUUCGCAAAGUUUUUGAAGUGAUUUUCAGAAAAAUGAUAAUGCAGUUUUAAUGAAUGAUUAAUGUACUUUUUUGUUAGAUCAAAACAUUUUUGAAAAUCUAUGCGUAUUUGAUAAAAUUUUCACCUGCUCUAAAUGGGUUAUACUGAUGGUUGAUGGCAAUGUUAAGAGUUUCGGUAUUUUAGUGUAAAGCGUUCUAUUGUUUAGAUAUUAUACCCACGUGUUUAAAAAUAUCGCUUUUUCAUAAAUAAACACUAUUUAGAAGAGUAUCAGUACUUUGAGCUGCGACAAAACCAAUUGAAAGUAAGCAGUGCCGAUCACAACUCGUCUCCUAUAAGACUUUGACAUUUUUGAAAGUCUUGAAAUUCUACAAAAUACGGAAAAUAGCGCAUAGGCUGUGAGCACGAGGUCUUAAGGUCUCAUUAUCACUGAUUUUUAAACAACCUCGUCUCUUGGGAAACUCCGUAGAACUCUGAAGAUCUAUGAGUCUGAGCGUUCAAAUAGCGUGUGUUCAUCCCACGGACAUUUGAUUAAAUAAACUUGCCUACAAUGAGAUUUUCUGGCAUCUACAGCACUUUCCUGCUUAAAUCAUAACAAUAAUUGGCUAUCUACUCAUUUCUUAAGAACCAUACGUUUGGCCAAUAAUUUUGAAUUCUUGACUCCCUUUCAGCUAAAUCGUCGUUUAGUAACCCGAUACCUAUGGAGUUAUCGAGAGCUUCAAGGCGGCAAUAAUUUGACUUUUUAGAUAGCUUUAACCCUCCUCAUAAUUUUUCAUGUGGUUAAUUUUAACAUUUAUCACAAAAUUUGGUAUUUUUAAAUGACAAAGUCCGAUAGGAAACGAGUUGUGAUCGGCACUGCUUACUUUAAAUAGGUUUUGUCGCAGCCAAAGGUACUGAUACUCUUCUAAAUAGUGUUUAUCUAUGAAAAAGCGAUAUUUUAAAACACGUGGGUACAAUAUCUAAACAAUAGAACGCUUUACACUAAAAUACCGAAACUCUUAACAUUGCCAUCAAUCAUCAGUAUAACCCAUUUAGAGCAGGUGAAAAUUUUAUCAAAUACGCACAGUUUUUCAAAAAUGUUUUGAUCUAACAAAAAAGUACAUUAAUUAUUAAUUAAAACUGCAUUAUCAUUUUCCUGAAAAUCACUUCAAAAACUUUUCAAAACACCGACGAACUUUCUGCUAGCAAUUAGUCCAUAACAAGGUUUAACCAAUUUCUUAGCAAUUGUACAAAAUUCAAAUUUAGAAUACACUCUCACGCAUGCUUGGCUAACCCUUUUGAUGCUAGAAACAUACUACAAUCAUUAAAACCCUUUGAAAUACACGUAAAGUCCUUAAAACCAAGAUUUCGCAUAGGUGCCCGUUUUUUUUGCAAAAGAGUGUAUAUCAGACUAACUUUAAUGCAUUUGAAUUGUUAAUUACGAUUAUUGUUUUCAGUUGUCCGUACCGCUUGCCUGAACUGGAUAGUUAAUAUUAAUUUUAUUAUAAUAACAGUGAAUGAGUCAUUCUUGUUUCUAUUAUAAUAUCUCUAUGGCAAUGUGGCCAUUAUGUAAAUGUUAGAAUCUUUCUAAAAUAGACAAUUAUAUAAUUAGUUUUGUUUAUAUUAUGUGUAACAAUACUUCUGUGAUUGUAAAACAUUAUUGCCUGAAUAUUUGUUUGUCUUUAUGUUUAGUUUUAUUAAUUUUUGAUUAUUAGAAUCAUUAAAACAUAACAAUAUUUUUGGCAUUUUAUUUUCUGAAACACAGUAAUUAUUAUCAAAGUAAAAGAACUGGCAAGUCAAUGUAGCUGUAUAAUCGGAUGUGUUCUAACCUCUCCUAUUCAUAGUCAUGCUACAUUCAUAUGAUCCUCUCAGAUGCAGUAUGUACAGAAAUAUAUGUAACUUAAAAUUUUCAAUGAUUCUGGAGUAUGCUCAAACCAUAUUAUAUGAUAAUACUAAAAAUGAUACAGUACAUUAAUAAGAAUGUUUAGUGAUUCAUGAACGAAAUUAUUUGUAAUGUAUAUUAAGAAAAAAUGAAUUUUAAUGGUUAGUGUGCACUAAGUUAAAUUUAUAUAGAUUUGUAAUGUAAUACUUGUAUGAUUUGUAUUUUUAAGAAUUAGAAUACCUGCGAAUUUGGCUUCUAAAUUCCUAUCAAACUGUAUUUAACAUGUUAUCUCCGAUCGCAAUGCUACUUCGUAACAGUUAAUGCGUUAAUAGAUACUUUCCUAAUCCUAUGUCAGUCAGAACGUAAUAUUUUCGGAAAUCCUGCUAAAAUCGUCCAAAAGUUAUUCAUUAGUUAGAUGUAAGUUAAAGUAAGCGGUUUGGAAAAAUAUCGUAGGAAAAUUCACGAUGAGAAUGUUAAUUACGUAUUAAAUAAUAAACAGAAUGUGUUUGGAUGAGA